UUAUGCUUGAAAUGGAGUGGGAAGAAGUAAAACUUAAUUAAUUUGUGUUAAUACUUCAGACUACUUCAUCCACCACUGCACUUUUAUGUGUUACUUUGUAUUCAACCACUCUAUCUCAGGUAUAACACUUAUAGCCAUUACUUACCAUUAAUACACUCACUAGGUGCCAGCAAUGAUCUCAUGUAUUCAUUAAGCUUAUAAAUUGAGUUUGGCCCUACUUAAAAGACACUUACUUUGUGUUGAAAAGUCUGGUGGCAUGUUUUUCACACUCUGUUUACUGGACAUAGACACAUCAAAACAAAAAUAGCAUCUUACCACUCUAAACACAUAACAUAGACAACUGCUACCAAUAUUCUCACCACACAUUACUUAUUUGAUCAAACAGUUUGUGCUCCAUGCCCUGGUUUUUUUGGGUUUGUUCCUGCUGUGGUCUCUUUGCAGAUAACAAACAAAAGACUAUCAGAUGCAAUAAUGAGCACCCCUGAGAUGCCCUGCUACAGUAGAGGGGAGACACUACGGGUACGAGUUCCAGUGCUUGCAGGAUUCAGUGUCUGUAGCCAUGGUGGAAAUGGCAGAGCUUCACGUGCUGAGCAAGCAAAGAGAACACGGCCAGCAAACAUCCAGCACAUGUCAUCUUUUAUUCCUGCCCUAGUGUAAAUUGAUCACACUGUUGAAAGUUAAAGAACGGAUCUGAGCUCUCUCCGGAAAUGCUCACACACACAGCACUUAACAUAUUACACAGCACAGUCAAGGUCCAGAAGCAAUCCUGCAGUCCACUAAGGCACUGGGCCAGAUCAACCAUGCGUCACUGGCAUACAGGGUUACAAAUAAGUCCUUUCCUUCAUUCUUUCCUUCGUUCUUUCCUAUCUAUCUAUCUCUCUAUCUUGUUGCAAUAAACAUUUUCAUAGCAGGAAUGUACCAAUAGGCAAAACACUGGCUGCCAAGGUUGACAUGACUUUCUUGUGGAAUGUCAUGUGGUUAGGUUCACUUUUGCUUUCUGCGCAUCAGGUUUCUGUGCACACCUGACUACAAUGACUACAGUACGUGCUGCAUCACGAGGUGACAAAGCUAUUUAUGACAUGCUCAACCACAAUGCUAACCCAACAUUUUUAACAAAGCCUUGCCAUCUGUAUUAGUGUCUUUACAGCAAGAAAUACAAACUGGUAGUGAACACUGAGGGCGAUUGAUCAAUAAAUGCCCAUGUGCUGGACCCCAGCCAGGGAGACACAAGCUACAUUGUAUGUAUAUGCAGUAAUACAAAGCAUGCAUAAUAUGAAUAAAAGUUUGGCUAUGAGGCUGUACUUAUGCACAGGAGUGUUCCAUAGGGCUUGAGCUAAAUGCUAAUGUCAGCAUACUAACAUGGUCACAACACUAACAUACUGAUGUUACAUUGAGCAGGUAUAAUGUUUGCCAUGUUCCCCCCAUAGCUUAGCAGCAUGCUAACACUUUCUAAUUAGCACAAAAUACAAACUACAGCUGUGACUGAUAUCAUUAGUUUCCAGGUAAUUGGUAUAUAAUUAUUGGACACAUUUAAAAUUUGAUCAUCAAUGUUCUUUCAUAGAGAUAUUAUACUCAAAACCUCAAAUGUGAAUCUCUUGCCCCAAAGUCAUUGGGCUUCAUCCUCUUGACAACAUGGGUAUCUCUACCAAAUUUCAUGUCAAUCCAUCUAGUGGUUGUCAAGAGGUUUAACUAAAAGACACCUCUGGCAUGGCUAGCAUGGCUAAAAGAUUGAGAUCUUGUAAUUGAACUCUAAAUAAAGGUACACUAUAAGUUUAUUUUUAUAUUUGAGGCUUUCUGUUCUCAUUAGCCUUUGAACAGGAAGUGGAGCCCACAUGUAUAGAUGCUGCAAUGCAUUUUCUUUCUUUUAUUGUCCCCCCCCCAUUGUCUCCCUUUAGGAGAGGAUGGUUCAGAGUCUCAAGCAGAGACACCGGGCAGUGAGACCAGCGAAGAGUGCCGGCCCUAUCAGACAUGUACCAACACAGCUCUGAAGGUGCUGGGUGGUCUGCUGAUGGUGUUGUGUAUCUCUUCCUCCUGGGUGGGUACCACUCAGGUAGUUAAGCUGACCUUCCAGUCGUUCUCUUGUCCAUUCUUCAUCUCCUGGUUCAGCAGCAACUGGAACAUUCUCUUCUUCCCCAUCUACUACUCUGGACAUGUGGUUAUCACACGGGAGAAGCAGACCCCAAUACAGAAAUUCAGGGAGUGCAGCAAACUCUUUGGGGAGGAUGGGAUGACUCUGAAAAUCUUUGUAAAGAGGACAGCACCCUUCUCAAUACUGUGGACGUUGACCAACUACCUGUACCUCAUGGCCUUGAAGAAGCUGACCGCCACUGAUGUCUCUGCCCUCUACUGCUGCCACAAGGCCUUCGUCUUUCUCUUGUCCUGGAUUGUUCUCAAGGACCGCUUCAUGGGUGUUCGGAUUGUGGCAGCCAUAAUGGCCAUCACAGGUAUAGUCAUGAUGGCUUAUGCUGACGGUUUCCAUGGUGAUUCCUUUGUGGGCGUGGCGCUGGCUGUGGGCUCAGCCUCAACAUCAGCUCUCUACAAGGUGCUGUUCAAGAUGUUCCUGGGCAGCGCCAACCUUGGAGAAGUGGCCCACUUCCUUUCCACCAUGGGCUUCUUCAAUCUUAUCUUCAUCUCCUGUGUUCCCCUCAUCCUGUACUUCACCAAGGUAGAGCACUGGGGCUCACUGUCCUCCCUGCCCUGGGGAUACCUGUGUGGACUGGCAGGACUGUGGCUGGUGUUCAACAUCUUGGUCCAUGUUGGUGUGGUGCUGACAUACCCCAUUCUCAUCUCCAUAGGGACGUUGCUCAGUGUGCCGGGCAAUGCAGCCGUGGAUGUUUUGAAACAUGAGGUGAUCUUCAGUGUGGUGCGCCUGGCAGCCACCUGCAUCAUCUGCCUGGGCUUCUUGCUCCUGCUGCUGCCAGAGGAGUGGGACUCAGUCACGCUGCGUUUCCUGGCCACCAUCGCAGACAAGAAGUCCGAGGAACACGGCGAGGACCUCACAGAGUCCAGUGUCCACACUCGGAGCCGCAGUCGAGCAAACGGCGCUGUCUCCAUUCCCUUGGCAUGAGAUGGUUGAGCUCUGCUAGUAGCCUCUGUUAACCAGUCUUGAAGCCCUGUCUCCAUUGCCCACUCAGGAGGUGUAGGUGGGAUGUUCGGUGUCCACAUGGACUCUCUACCAGGAAGGCAGGAAGUAAUGUCUUGAACCUUCACUCUGGAGAUGCAUUUCUGCCUCCGCCACUUCACUGCAGGAGGUGAAAACGAGAACAUUUAUGGAUCUUGCUAAUUGAAAGGGUGGAAAGUGUUAUUUACUUUCUUGAAGUACUUGCCACGCUCAGUCCCGUUCCUCGCACGCACCCAAACCAAGAGCUGACUGACCUCCCCUGACCUACUCUGUAGACUGUAUUCUGUGAAUAUAAAUAUUUGCAGGGCCAGUUUGGCUCAAUCUUAUGUGUAUUUAUGAUAUUUAUUUAGAGCUGCAGAGCUAAGAGUAUUAAGAAUAUUAUUUUAUGUCUUAUUGAAUAGUAUUACAUACAAGAUUGGCAAGUAUACUAUGCGUACUGUACAGGCUUUUUUGGUUUCAUAAUAAAAACUUAAAACCCA